GGUCACCUUAUGGUGUGCACUGUGCAGGCCACGUCAAGUUCUGUCGAUGGUCCUCAAAAAUUGUGACAGACUUCUAUCUAUAUCUAUUUAGUUGAGAUUGGGGAAUUGACAGUUCGAGGGGAUCCCGCCCAUCAUGAGUUGGGAUCAAUCCGGAGCCUACGACGAUUACGGCCAGUAUAGCCACUACGGCCAAUAUCCGGACCCCAAUGCGGGUUACUACGGCCAGCCUGAGACCUACCCGGCCCAGAACCCGCCCAACGCUGGGCCGCCACCCCCGGCCCCGGGCAGCUAUGGUGGGUAUGGGGGACCGCCCUCGCCAGCCCCCAUGGCCGCCACGCCGGGUCCACCGGCUUCGGCCGGUGGUUAUUACAAUCCCAAUGAGUACGGGCAGUCGGUGGGCGGGGCACCCGGUAAUACGGCGGCAUAUCGCAGGCCGGUACGCGUCUCGCACGCUGAAGUAACGUCCACCUCCAGUUCUCCCCUUCCGAAUCAACCACAACCACAGCCACAAUAUUAUCCACACGGUCAAGCCCCUCAACAGGGUCAACAACCGGCGGGUUUAGCGUUUCCCAGUAUGAUGGGCGAUCCCAUGGUGACCAAUAUGGCCAUGCAAUACGGUCAGGAAUUUAUGGGGAAGCAGAGCGAGGAAAUCAAGAAGAACUUGGACAAAUACGUGUCCAUUGGACAGCUCAAGUACUACUUUGCCGUCGAUACCACGUAUGUGGCGAAGAAGCUAGGAAUUUUGUUGUUCCCUUUCACACAUUCGGAUUGGUCCAUCAAAUACAAUCAAGAGGAACCAGUUCAGCCCAAGUUUGAUAUCAACGCCUCGGAUUUGUACAUCCCCUCCAUGGCCUACAUCACAUACGUGCUAUUGGUGGGCUAUAUACUGGGUUUGAGGAACGCAUUUUCCCCGGAUCUCUUGGCCACCACCUCCUCGUCGGCACUGGUUUGGCUCAUCCUUGAGAUUGGCAUGAUCUAUCUGUCCCUGACCUUGAUGAAUAUCUCGACCAAUAUGUCGAAAUGGGAUAUUCUUUCCUUCAGUACCUACAAGUACGUGGCCAUGAUCUUCAUCGUCCUCUUGGGAUUGGUCUUCCAGAGCACGGCUGCUUACUAUGCGGCGUUAUUCUACUCUUCAGGGGCUUUGGCCUUCUUUCUCGUUCGCGCUUUAAAGUUGCGGAUCGAACCUGAGGUUCACGGGAUGCAAACCCAUGGGAAGAGGAAAUUGUACAUGAUCUUGUUCUAUGCUGGACUUCAACCAUUCUUCAUUUGGUGGAUGACCUCGUAUCUGGUGCCGAUAUCGAGUCUGGAUAUUCCAAAUCCAAUGCCCAUAGAGACGUAUUAGAUAUCAAAUCUAGUUGCCAUCUUGAUAUAUUUAAUGUUUCUCACCAUCCUCAAAUACUUGUGAUAACAAAGGCAUAAGUCAUUUAAUAAAAAAGAAAAAACGUUUUGA